GAAAGAGGGUACUGGGGAAACUGGGUGGUGGUGGUUUCCCAAACAGGAGAUCCUCGCUCGAGUCUGGAAAGAGAUGAAACUUUAGCAACCCAGAUGUAUUUCUUGGGCGUGAGAUGAAGGCAAGCGCAGGUCUGCAUAACAAAGGGAGACGGAUGGAUCGCGGAUUGCAGAUCUUAAAUGAACUCUCAUUCUUGUUCUGGGCUUUUUCAGAGAAGUGGGUGGCUGGGAAUCCAAAGCCCGUGCGUAUUGACUCAAAUAUGCAUUCGUUCAUUGAAAUGGGAGAGACUAGUCGCUGUUGUUGUUGUUGUUGUUAUGUCAUGUUGCAUCUUAAUCACUGGGGAGAGAGGUCUGCACAGAGUGUUCUCCGGAGUUCUAAGGCCUUAACAACUUACAAAGGAGUUGAAAAGUUGACAUCAGGCCUUACAUUGUUGUCCUGCUUGCUAUUUGACUCAAGAAACACCAAUGAAUGUUUAUAUCCCAAAUGCUUUUAAGCAGCUGGAAGAAAACCCAAAUACGAGAAUGAAGAGAUAAAGGUUCCAUCAGCAGGAAUGCAUGAUUGAAAAAACAACCCAGUUUCCCAGCCCGGAACAGGGUUCUGCCCUUUUGACUGAUGCUUCUGCGGUGCAGAUGGAUUGUAGCAUAAGCGCAAACAUGGAAUUACGAAGAGCCUCCAGUCCUCACAAGAUGAACAAGAGUGAUAUGAAUGCAAACAAGUCUGUGCUGCACAGCUGCUGCAUCUGUGGCAAAAGUUUUCCUUUCCAGAGCUCACUCUCGCAGCACAUGAGGAAGCACACAGGGGAGAAGCCAUACAAGUGUCCUUAUUGUGACCACAGAGCUUCCCAAAAGGGCAACUUGAAGAUUCACAUCCGGAGUCACAGGACAGGCACUAUUAGUCAGGGGAAUGAAGUGGAGAUGGGAGGAGAAGCACAGCUCAGUGAGAUGAGAGUAUCCGAAGGCCUUGAUGGUUGCACUAGCCCUACCAAAAGCACCUCUGCCUGCAACAAGAUAUUGAACGGAGCAGCUCCCAAAGAAGAAGGCAAGAUCUUGCUCAGGAGCAGCAGGAAGGAGUCCUCAGAAGAAGCACCAGUCGGAGAAGACGUUAAGUUAUGUACUUUUCCAUGUACCUUCUGCAAAAACAAGUUUGAAGGUAAGAAAGAGUUGGAGCAGCACAUACACCAGGUCCACAAACCUUUCAAAUGCAGGCUGUGCAACUACAUGACGUUAAGAGAGGAGACUCUGCUAAACCACAUAGAAAGAGACCACAUCACCACUCAGAUUCCAAACGGGGAAACGUACAAUGCCGAGAACUGCAAGGCUGAGUCGAGUGCUGGAGAGUUUCCUUGCGAAGUCUGUGGGCAGGCUUUUAGUCAAACCUGGUUCCUCAAAGCUCACAUGAAAAAGCAUAGAGGGUCGUUUGACCACGGAUGCCACAUCUGUGGCAGGAAAUUUAAAGAGCCCUGGUUUCUCAAAAACCACAUGAAAUCCCAUGGCCCAAAAUCUGGGAGCAAAAACAAGCCAAAAAAUGAUUCGGAGCCUAUAGCCACUAUUAAUGAUGUCGUUCAAGAAGAGAUGAUUGUGACUGGUUUGUCCCUGUAUGAAAUUUGUACAAAGUGUGGAAACCUGUUUACAAAUAUGGAAAGCCUAAAAGCACACAAUUCUGUACAUUGCAAGUCUCAAGGAGCCCGCAGUGAACAUAGAGUUGAUAGGCUAGUUGACGGGGACCCCCCUGUUGCAAAGCAGUUUUUCUUCCAGUAUCUGAAACUAAGGCCAUCUGUAGGGACUGAUGGCACUCCAAGGGGCCAUUCAGGAAAAAGAGUAGCUGAGCUGGAUCCAGUCAACAGUUACCAGGCCUGGCAUCUGGCUACCAAAGGAAAAGUUGCAGAGCCUUCUGAGUACGUGAAGUAUUUAGGAUGGGACGAAGUCCUGGCGGAUGCUGACGUCACUUACGACAGGGACAAAAGGGAAUAUAUUCUCGUCAGCCAAGAGAAGCGCAAACAAGAGCAGGACUCCUCCAGCUCGUCCAGCAAUCCGAAAAAGAAGAAUUGUACUAGUGGGCGUUCGGAAAAAAGCAGCCAUGUGCAGUCGGGAGACAGCUGCAUGCUUAGCCAAGAAGACCUGGAGUAUAGGCCGUCCUCGCGCCAGAGCAGAAGGGUGUCUCAGAACAAGUCCACAGAGUGCUUUGAGUGUGGCAAGAUCUUCCGCACCUAUCACCAAAUGGUACUUCAUUCCCGUGUGCACAGGAAAGACCGCAGAAGCUACAGUGAAGGGGUGGCGGCUGCUCAGCAAGAUCGGUAUAGAUCAAAUAGUGAGGAUGGCGACUCUGGGUCUGCCAGUGGACCGAGCACCCCAAGUUCUGCUUCUGGCCCAGAUGAUUCAGUCACCUCUGGAGUGGGUGAGGAGGGGCCCGAGGAUAGUUCAGAAGAAGGAACACAAGAGCCACCCCCACGUAAAAAGCCGUACCUCUGCAGUUUUUCUGAAGAAGCACCUCUGGCAACCCUACAGUUCAACCAUGGGAGAAACAUUACAAGAGAAAACAACGCCACUGAAUCUAAAACAGAGCUGUCUUUGGUGGCAUCUAUACCAGAAAACAAGACCAGAGAACCCUUUCCAAAAUAUGUGGAUUGCAAAAUUUCCCUGGAUUUAAAGAAAUCGGCAUUUCAGCAAAGCCACAAUUUCCCUUGCUCCAGUAGGACUGUUGACUUUGCUUCUAGACUCUGUCCAACGUAUUCUGAUGUGAGACUAGAUUUGCAAACCCCGAUGGGCAAGGGCUCUAAGGAGAAUCCUCCUGAUAUGUGUGAAGACUCUGUGUUAAUUGACAGUGCAGAUUUCCCAGAGAAGAUUCCAUUAGAUCUAAGUGAGAAGUCAAGCAGGGCUGAUUCAUGCAAUACGAGUUUUACCUCAACCUUACAGGCUGCUUUGAUUGUCCACCCGUGCCCUUACUGCAGUCAUAAGACCUAUUACCCAGAAGUCCUGUGGAUGCACAAAAGAAUUUGUCACAAGGUCAGCUGUAACUCUGUGGCUCCCCCUUGGGUUCUUCAAAAUGGAUUCAAGAGUAUAAAACACAACGCCGUUUUCAUGGCACGAAGUGGCCGCACCGGACCCCCUCCUGCUCUUGGUGGUAAAGAAUGCCAGCCUUUGCCUGUCAGCAGAUUCACACGCCUUCAGGUGCCAAGUGGGUUGCCGGGAUCUAAAAAUAAUUCUUCUGGUUCUGCUAUGACUGCUAAGCCCGGGACUAUGCAGAAGGAUGCGCCACUGCCCACUGGCAGCUAUGGUCCACGGUCAUCAGGCACUGAUGGGUACAGGCAGCCCAAACUGAACCACACCCACGAGCAAAACAGCACAGUAUCCCAACAGCCCCAACUGAAAGCAAAAUACGAAGCAAACUCCAAGUUGCUGCAGGCAAGGAGCUUUGGUGUAAGUUUGGCACCUUCCCCGGUGAUUGUCUCUAAACCCAACUCACAGCCCUCCAACAGCAAACUUGCCGAGAAGUAUACCGUUCCCCAAGUCAGUGCUGGGUUUGUCCCUUUAAGCAAGCAUUGUGCUUCAGAACCAGGGAAGGCCAAAUUUUACUCUCCGCCUCAGUACCUCCCCCCGUGUAAAGCUGAGCCAUACCUUGUGCAAGAAGACCCACCUGUGCCUCAGCAAGAUCCGAACACCAAGAAAGAGAACGAGGGGAGGGCUCUGGUCAAUUGUACAGCAGGGUCCAGAGCAAGUCCUCUCAUGCUGCCCCAGCCUAACACAGCAGGGCCUCUCCCACCUGUACAUUCCACCAAACAGGAGCCACCGUCGGAAGGACACGAGAAGUGCUUGGACAUUUUGAACAUCUUUAAGACCUCCAUUCCCAAGGAUCUCGCCACUCUCUACCAAACAUGGGGUGCCAAUAGCCCUGUAGUGGACCAUGCUGGGAUGCUUAGGACACAAACACGCCAAGGAGACUAUCUCUGCGUAGAGUGUGGAAAGGGUUUCACCCAACCAAGCCACCUCAGAACUCACAUGAGGUCUCACACAGGCGAGAGACCCUUCCAGUGCAGAUAUUGUCCAUACAGUGCCUCUCAGAAAGGGAACCUAAAGACGCAUGUCCAAUGUGUACAUCGGGUUCCUUUUGACAACAGCCAGUACCUUGAUCGACGGUUCCUUCUGCCUCCAAAUAAUUAUUCUCACAACCCUAUGGAAGAACAGCUGGAAAACCUCCUUGCAAAGCAUCCGGUCCCAGGAGCAACUGUGUUACAAUGAAAUCUGUGCUCUGUGCUUUGCUGGAAAGCGAUGCCUCUGAACUGUUAAUCAUUUUUAAAAUAAAUGAAGAAGCUGCAGAAGAUAUAUACAAAUUGACAUACUAAUCAGUCCCCACAGCUCCUUAUUUCCUUUAUAACAAACAGUGGCGUUGGCAAGCUUUCUGGUGGCGCAAGGCAUCUAUAUUAAUCAAGAUAACUUUUUUUAGACACUGGAAAAAUUAAACUUUAUAUGAUUUGGAGGGCAGCACUGCAACAAAAUCCUCUCUCAUGGUUGCUUGAAUCUUUAAAACACACACACACACACACACACACACACACACGGAUUUGGGAAUGUGGGAUGGAGUGAUUAAUGAAACUGCCAUUAGCUGUCAUGCUGGGGGGGGGGAACACAACUUUUCCCCUUCCCCCCAAAAGGAAGAAAAUAAAAUGGAGGAGUCAUUCAGUGCUGUGAAAGCCAGGCUUGAUGAAGGACGGAAGGGACUAAAGAGAAAGACCAUCAUUCUGCAGUGAGGUUGUUUCAUGAUAGUUUGGGGACCACUUGCAUUUCCAGUGGGCUUAUCCUUGACUGCACACCAUUAAUAGUAUGUGAAUAUGGAAAUUGAAACACUUCUUAAAAAUGCUUCUCUUUUCACUUCAGAAAGAAAAGAAAAUGGCUAGUCAAACACUAAAAAGGAGAGGAAGAAGAAAAACAGGCUUCUGUGUUUUUUUUUUUUUACUCUCAGGGCCUUUCUAAUUGUUUGUUUAUCCUGCUCUUUCUUUCAGUGCUACUUUCUGUGACCUGAUCACAAAGGAAAUGUGCAUGCUUUUAAAAAAUAAAAUUAAAAGGAGUGGGGGGGAUGAAUCAGCUGUUUAAAGCUGCUGAUUUGUAUGCUUUUAUUGAAAGAAAGAAAGAAAGAAAGAAAGAAAGAAAGAAAGAAAGAAAAGAGUUCAGGCAGACCUAGGCCCUUAGGGUACUUUAUGUGCCUGUAUUUCUGUGCAGCAAGCCAGUUACCCUUUCUGGGCCCUUGUGACAUUUUGAAGAGAGAGAGAAAAAAGAUGAAUAGCUUCUUUCGUGGUGACAGGUCAGUGUUCAUCUAAUGUGUCAUGUCUUGUACUUGGUAAUCACUGGGGUAAGGGGGAGAGAAAGGAAGCUUUAUAUACCUCUUCUACAGUAGUUCUUUUCAAUGCAGGUUUUCAAGGUAAGGGUGCGGUUGCAGGUUGUUAACCAUCCAGUGUCUGCAAUUCAUUUUUAAAUAAAUAAAUAAAUCCCACAGGUAUAAAUAUUUUUCUUUCCCUUCAUUGCUAUGGCACUGUGUGUGAUGGUAAUAAUUCAGAUUUUCAGAUUUUGCACGUAUAAUUUUAUGCAUCAUCAUCAUAAAAAUGCUGCCUUGAAAAAAAUAUUCUGUGAAAAACUUUUUGCAAAAAAAAGAAGCUUUACUAGGUUUUUUUAAAUUGUAACAUUUUUGUAAAGGCAGAAAAAGGAUUUUUUUAAAAAAACUAGCAUGCUAAAUAUAUUUUUCAAAAAAAGCAAUAAUUUUACAUGUACAGAAAUGGCGCUAACUUUUUAAUACUGAUCGAGAGCAACCGUUUACUUUCUACAAAUAAUGGGAUAGUGCUGUCUUUGAAGUAAAUAGGCUUCUUACACAAAGAAUUUUAAAUGUGUACUUUUUCUGUGCUAAUUUUGUUUUUGUCUCUCUUUGAUUUGGGUUUCUACUUAAUUGCAGAUUACUUGACCGUUCUUGCUUUACAGUUGCUGACGAUAAUGCAAUUGAAACGUUUGUAUGCAAUUUGCUGGUUUGGGAUUUUUGUUUGAUUCCUCAUACACCAACUGUAUGCCUGCUGUAAUCCUGGUAUAGCUAAGAAUAUCUGUGCAAAUGCCUAUAUAAGUGAUUGUAAUCUGCUGUCUUUUGAAGUUAUCUUGCAGAAAUUUGUAUAGACACAUUCCACACUCACCCCCCCUUCCUGUACCCCACUCCACUUUCAAGACCCCCCCCCCCAAAUCAGCUCAUUUUCUGUCUUGAUUAACACUUGAUCAAUUUGGGAUUCACACUCAAGUGCUACUUUCCCCUUUAUCAAGCACUUAUUUUCCUUGUUUAAAGCAAACAGGUAAGGAUUCAGGAAUGCACCAAGGUAGCUGCUUUGCCUAUUUUGUGUGUUUGUAGUUAUUAAAAAACCCUUCUGUCCCUCAAAAGUUAUAUGAGUGUCAUGUACAGCUGUAAUUAUUUAUGUUGGUUGAUUGUGUUUUGUUGUUGACGGGUUUUUUUGGGGGGGGUGUGAUGGGUUGUUUUUUGUUUUUGAAAGCUGAUAUGAAAGGAUCUUAGUUAAUAUUAAGACUUUAAAAGCUCCUCCUGGAGACUGUUUACUUCAGGACUGUCUGACGCAGAGAAAGUGCUGUCACUGCCAUUACCAGGGUACUAAUCAGCAAAGUUUACAAUCAUAAUUUAGCUACAUGAAGAACAACAGCAGGGGAAAUCAGUUUAAAUAAUUAUAUGCUGUGUAUAGCACAGAAAUGAGAUUUUCACUUAAUUAAACAAGAAAUGGGGAGGCUGAGGGGGAGCAGUCAUUAAAGAGCAGCCGUUUUCACGUGUGAAUCCCAAGCAUUGUAAUUUCCUCCUUUAUCAUCCAUAUUGUAUCGAUUUGUUAAUUCAGUUAGACCCUAGUGCUUAGGAUGAUUUGUGUUCUUAUUUAUUUAGUUCUUUGGGUUUCAGAUAGCUCCCCCCCUUUUUUAGGAAACUUGAUAAUUUUGUAGCAUGACACACUUUGUAAGCCAUCUUCUGACUGUUACAGAGACUUUUCUACUACCUCUAUCAAUCUGUUUCUUUUCCUUAACAGGUUUUCUACAGUGUUGCAGUCUAAUGUACCUUAGACAAUAAAGGGUUCGAUUAUGAUCACUGCAGAUGGUGUAUCAGCUAUACCUUU